AUGUUAUGAAGCUUAUACCAAAUUUAUCACCCUCUUCAAUCUCCCACUCACCUCCGCCUUUUUCUCGGGAAAAAAGAGAAGUAGCUGGAGAAACAGUAGCAAAUCAAAACAAGAGUGAAACAGCGAUGGAAGGUAUUUCGGCGACCAUGUACAACGGCUUGAAAGGGUACUGGAAGAGAAGAAGCUACGUGAAGCUAAAUGGUUCAAGUCGAGUACGGCGGAGAAGGGUGGAGCUCGGCACCUCACGGCGGAAGAGGUUCUGGAGGAUUAAGAUGAAGGCAAAGGUGAGGAUAAAGUCGCCCAAGAGGUUGUUCGUUUGGCUACGCGAUGCGUACGUGAAAAUGAUGAUGGGUUUGGCUAAUUCCAGGAUAGUUAGCAGUGGGUACGGAGUAGGCGUAGCGAAUCAAGGGAUUGCUGCCUUGGUGAAGCGUCCGAUGAAAGAGUAUGACCAGAAAAUGAUCGUUGAGAUCUACAAAUCAUUGGUGAUAGGUCAAGGUCAGUUUGUGGCUCGGGAAGCUUUGCUCUGCCAUCGUCUGUCAACGCUUGGGUCGCCAGUCGUUGAUGAGGCUGUUAGCAGCGAUGGGUACCUCCACGGCAGUCGGAGAUGCCUGAUCGGAGGCGAAGAGCUUCGCCCUUUUGGGGAUACACAACUUGGGUAA